AGACAACAAUCAUUCUAUUCACUUAAUUUAUGUGAUGACUGAAAGAAAUAUUAUUUAUGAUACAACGAGUUUCUCUCCUCAAAGAUCUUAGGAACUUCCCUUAUUAAAAUCAGAUUCAUUUAUAUAUAAUUAUAAUGAAGCAGCUGAGUUGGAAGAAAUUGGAUAAGAUUAGCUAGUCUUCAAUAAAGAAUUUCAAGAAUAUUAAGAAAUUUUGUUUGAAAAUGAAUGGUCUAAAAAGAAUUAUUUUUAAAAAAGUUUUUCAAAGUAUUCUGAUGAUUCAAACAUAUCAGGACCUUCAACCUAAUUUUGUCAAAGCUGCUAAUAAUAAAAUUGUAUUUGCUCACAAUUUUGCCAAAAAUGUUAAUGUAAUAUUUGUAAUUGCUCUACUAAAAAAAAAAAAUUCUUAGAUAAAAGCUACUGUAGAUAUAUCCUUUUAUAUGUAUUUCGUACAAUUGAAAAUCAACAAUACGCUCAAAUUAUUAGAGAUAUUUGUUGUAAAUUUUAAGUAAAUUACGAUGAUUUUAAAUCUUACUAUAAAAAGUAAAGGUUAUUAACUAUUGGUUACCAAUCUUUAAAAAAAGAGUUGAUUUAUGAUAAUGAUGAUAUUGCUGAUUAGAACCGUAAGAAAGCAUUUAAGAAUGUUCUCUAAUGGUAUCUAGAUAAAGUUGCUACAAAACACAUCUUGUUAAGCAAAAAGCAAAACUUUCAAGGAUAUCUUAAAUUUAAAAAUUAUGUUUUAUCUUAUUACAUUCAUGAUCCAAAAAAUUGGGUUGGAAACAAGCCAUCAUGGAAAUGAAUAUACAUUAACAUCAGUAUAGAAUAUUUAUAAGUAAUUUUAAUAUCAUUCAAAUUUGAGUAGAGACUUUAUUUUAAAUUUAUCUUGAAUUAUUUUAGCCUCCUUUACAUUUUUUUGAGCUUGUUAAUCUAUUCAAAAAU